AUGGGAAGAUUCAACACCAGCUGGGGAGAGGGCUUCGUUCUGGUGGGGUUCUCAGAUUGGCUUCAGCUAGAGCUCCUCCUUUUUAUCUUUAUUUCAAUUUCCUACUCCCUGACUCUCUUUGGCAACACCACCAUCAUUGCCCUCUCCCGGCUGGACCAUCGACUGCGCACACCCAUGUACUUCUUCCUCUCCCAUCUCUCCUUCCUGGAUCUCUGCUACACCACCAGCACCGUGCCCCAGCUUCUGGUGAAUCUUUCUGGACUUGACCAGACCAUCAGCUAUGGAGGGUGUGUGGCCCAGCUCUUCGUAUCUCUUGCCUUGGGCUCCACAGAGUGUGUGCUCCUGGUGGUGAUGGCUUUUGACCGCUACGCUGCUGUGUGCCGUCCACUCCACUACACAGCCAUUAUGCACACUCUCCUUUGCCACAUUUUGGCUACUGCUUCUUGGUUGGGAGGCCUGGUGAACUCUCUGAUUCAGACAGGGCUGAUGAUGGCCAUGCCUCUCUGUGGCCAUCACCUGAAUCACUUCUUCUGUGAGAUGCCUGUCCUCCUGAAGCUGGCUUGUGAGGACACAGGAGGAACAGAGGCCAAGAUGUUUGUGGCCCGAGUUGUGAUUUUGGUCUUUCCUGCAGUACUAAUUCUAGGCUCCUAUGUACACAUCGGCAGGGCCGUGCUAAAGGUCAAGUCAAUGGCUGGGCGUAGAAAGGCUUUUGGAACUUGUGGGUCUCACCUUGUGGUGGUUUCUUUGUUUUAUGGCUCAGCCAUUUACACUUACCUCCAACCGAAGGACAGUUAUUCUGAGAAUGAAGGCAAGUUUGUUGCCCUUUUUUAUACUAUCAUCACCCCCAUGCUCAAUCCUCUGAUUUAUACCCUGAGGAACAAGGAUGUGAAGGGGGCUUUGUGGAAGUUACUACAGCGAGGAAGAAAAUCAGGAUAA